CCUAUGAUUGGCUCCCGGUUCUUAAUCCCACCUGAGGGGGCGGAGCUCCCUGGAAGAGGAGAGUGAAAAGCUCUUUAGCAAGAGACCUUGAGCAGGAAGGCAGAGCAGCUUCUCUUCAGCUCAUUUUGCAACCAAAGAACCGCAAAGAUGGCGAGCUCCUUCACGCGCUUGAUCUCCGGACGCAACGCGGCCGUCCUAUUGGCCAGCCUGGGCGCGGGAACCAUGGCAACCGGCUUCCUGCUGAACGAAAGCGGCCCGCUGGCCGCUGAGGGGAGAACGAAGCUCUAUCCGCCCAGCUCCGACUUCCCCGACCUGAGGAAACACAACAACUGCAUGGCGACGGCUCUGACCCCGGCCAUCUACGCCAAACUGAGGGACAGGGUCACCCCCAACAACUGGACCCUGGACCAGAGCAUCCAAACCGGAGUGGACAACCCCGGACACCCGUUCAUCAAGACGGUGGGCUGUGUGGCUGGAGACGAGGAGAGCUACGAGGUCUUUGCUGAACUCUUGGACCCAAUCAUCAAAGACCGGCACAACGGCUACGACCCCCGAACCAUGAGACACCCCACUGACCUGGACGCCUCCAAGAUCACCAACGCCGUGUUCGACGAGAACUACGUCCUGUCGUCCCGCGUCCGGACGGGCCGCAGCAUCCGCGGGCUGAGCCUCCCCCCGGCCUGCUCCAGGGCGGAGCGCCGCGAGGUGGAGCGCGUGGUGGUGACGGCCCUGGCCGGCCUGAAGGGAGACCUGGCCGGACGCUACUACAGCCUGGGGGACAUGACGGACAAGGAGCAGCAGCAGCUCAUCGACGACCACUUCCUGUUUGACAAGCCCGUCUCUCCGUUGUUGACAUGUGCCUUUAUGGCCAGAGACUGGCCCGACGCCAGAGGCAUCUGGCACAACAAUGACAAGACCUUCCUGAUCUGGGUGAACGAGGAGGACCACACCAGGGUCAUCUCCAUGGAGAAGGGAGGCAACAUGAAGAGGGUGUUUGAGAGGUUCUGCAGCGGAUUAAAGCAGGUGGAGCACCUGAUCCAGGAGCGAGGCUGGGAGUUCAUGUGGAACAAGCGUCUGGGCUACAUCCUCACGUGUCCCUCCAACCUGGGCACCGGCCUGAGGGCCGGGGUGCACGUGCGCCUGCCGAAGCUCAGCAAGGACCCACGUUUCUCCAAAAUCCUCGACAACCUGCGUCUGCAGAAGAGAGGCACCGGCGGAGUGGACACGGCGGCCACCGGAGACACCUUUGACAUUUCCAACAACGACCGCCUGGGCAAAUCCGAGGUGGAGCUGGUCCAGAUGUUGGUCGAUGGGGUCAACCACCUGAUUGACUGUGAGAAGAAGCUGGAGAGGGGGCAGGACAUUAAGGUCCCAGCUCCCGUCACUCAGUUCAGGAAGUAAAAGCUGGACCCGUCACCGCUGUUGAAAACCUCAGCGUCCCAGAACCUCCAAACCACGUCAGAGAUGGUGGCCUCUUACUGCCUCCCGCACCUCUUUAGGGGGACUUAGUCUUAGACAUGAACUACAGUUAGGGAGGGAAUUCUACCUCAAGUUUAAGGUCUUCGAUGUAACCCUGACUUCAAUAAAGCCAACAGUAUUAAAACA